UCCUGGGACCCUAGGUUUUCUAUGGGAUUCCCAAUCUGCAGGAGAGACUUACCGGAGCGUGUUGCGGCGGUGGCUGGGCUUGCAAGGCGCGAUCCAGGAGGGAUUUAAGCAGCCUUGAGCUCCACAGGGAAAAAGAGCGCGAGAGAACCAUACACAGAGACGGCUUAGCCGCUUCUCCGAAUUAAAUAUAUAUACAUAUAUUUAUUUAUAAAGAAUUGUUGAGUUUUAUCAUUUUCGUUAAGUGACCGUGAGCAGCGCUAUAACUGCAGAAUGGGGAAACAGAAUAGCAAACUGGCCCCCGAAGUGAUGGAGGACCUGGUGAAGAGCACAGAAUUUAACGAGCAUGAGCUCAAGCAGUGGUACAAGGGGUUUCUCAAGGACUGUCCAAGUGGGCGGCUGAAUCUCGAGGAAUUUCAGCAGCUCUACGUGAAGUUCUUCCCGUACGGAGACGCCUCCAAGUUUGCGCAACACGCCUUCCGAACCUUUGAUAAGAAUGGGGACGGCACCAUAGACUUCCGAGAGUUCAUCUGCGCCCUGUCCAUUACCUCCAGGGGCAGCUUUGAGCAGAAGCUAAACUGGGCCUUCAACAUGUACGACCUGGACGGUGACGGCAAGAUCACCCGCGUGGAGAUGCUGGAGAUCAUUGAGGCUAUCUACAAAAUGGUGGGCACCGUAAUCAUGAUGAAAAUGAACGAGGAUGGCCUCACACCCGAGCAGCGAGUGGACAAGAUUUUCAGCAAGAUGGAUAAGAACAAAGAUGACCAGAUUACACUGGAUGAAUUCAAAGAAGCUGCAAAGAGCGACCCUUCCAUUGUAUUACUUCUGCAGUGCGACAUUCAGAAAUGAGCGGAGGUCAACGCUAUGGACUGCACAAAAGUGUCAAUGUUCCAUUCAGUCUGCAGCUAUUAACACACACACACACACACACACACACAAAUAUUGCUUGGACUACCUAUAAAUGGACUUGCUUCUUGUGUUUGAAACACUUGUGUGCAUGAGAAAUGUCAUUUGCUAAUGAAUUUUAAAAGCGUAUAUUAUAAAUUAACAAACAACCUGCCACAAUGUGAUAUGUGUAAUAUCAUUUCAUAAAAAAACCUUCCUCCUCCAAAGCCUGGGCAGAAAUGUGCUGCAAAGAGUUAUAUGAUUUCUUGUUCAUGUUUUGCUAAUGCUCGUGUCUCCUUGAUUACAUAAUGUUAGUAGCACUGAGACCCCCCACGGUAAUGUAACUGAAUUAUAAGCUGUGUCACCAUUCUCUUGUAAAAUAGUACUGGACAGACACACAGAGGGGCCCUUGCCUCCUCUGUGUGGUCCACACACAAGAGCUUGUAUUAUCGGUGAAUAUAAAUGUAUGACAUUUGCAUGCCUUUUAGGUUUGCCUUAAUUCUUACCUCAUUUGCAUCCUAUCAAUCUGGAAAGAGCUGUUGGAAUUAAUGCAGUAUAAAACUUAAAAACCCUGCUAAAUGACUCAUUAAUUAAAUAUAUCUAUCUAUAUAUACAUACACACAAAGAUAUUAUUUAUUGAAAGUAAAAAAAAAAGAUGGACGUGUAUUGAUUUCUGCUUGAAUUUUCAAAGGCUUCCAAAGAGGUGGCAAUAGAUGUCCCAAAUAAAUUUAUAACAUUUGACUUUU